CCAAAAAAUAAAGCCAAAACUUUCCUUGCUUCACCAAUAAUUAACCCCUACUGUUAUAAAGUUAAUCAUAGGAAAUGGCUUGUCCAAGGGUCUCCAUUUUGACUAUUUGCUUAUUACUUUUUGUUGUAGGAUUUGCCUCGCAACCUUGUGAAGCUAGAAAGGUUUUAAUGCCUUACAAUGCAAGCAAGGGAUUGUUUCUUAGUGCCUUACCAAAGGGUAAUGUGCCACCUUCGGGUCCAAGCGACAAGGGUCACACUUUUCAGCCGGAGGAUUAUUUGGACAAGCAUAUGGUUCCGGAGAUUCACCGCCAACUAGGAUCAGUCCCUAGCCCCGGCGUUGGUCAUUAGGCACAUUGAUUACCGACUUUAUAUAUUUAUUGUAGCUUUCAUUUCAUGAUAUUAUCAUAUAUCAUACCUUACGGCGUCUUA